AAAUCCCGUGGGGGCAAGCAACUUGGAUAAAACAACCUAGUGCUGUUUAGAUAGAGGUGUAAAAUACAGAGUUAAAAACACGUAAUUUUUUUGUUCUAAAGAAACACAUGAGAAACUAUAUCGAUUUAGGAGAUUUUGUGAAUUUCGAAGACACAAUUGUUUUGAACAAGAAAAAGGAAAUGCAUGUUUUGCACUAACAAGCCGCAAUUCAUGAACUACAGACAAACACACACACACAUAAAGAACGGAUAACAAUACAGUUGAAUUUAAUUCCAAGUUGAAACCGGUUUUGUUUCUUUCAAAUAGUGUUCGCGAAGUACCACAAACUCAAUUAAAAGUUUAUUUCUUGGACGCUUGCUACUUAGUUUUCGAUCCACUCCGAACGUCAACUGAAUUCGAAACAUUUCAGUUAAGUAUUUAAAAUUUUUGUCUAAUGUAAAGGUUUCCAAAGUAGAUUUACCCACGUGCCUAGACGCAGGCGCGAGAACUUGAAUAUUACAGUGCGUGUGAUUUAAAAUUCUUUAUUGACUCGUAUUGCAACUGUGAGUAAAUACUCGAAAGGUGGUGAUGUGGUUCAGGAAGGAGAUUAAAACAACUUGUUCUUCUUUCCUCUGUUUCUUGCUGGGAUUCCUAAUCUUUAUUUCGGAGACUUUGGUUAGCGAGGCAGCGCGUUCUCGAGGGAGAAAGAAAGAGAAUUUUCGGAACAGGGAGUUUGAAGAAGGGGUGUUUCAGUUAGAUCCUCUUCCAACAGAGGAUCCAGAUCCAUCGUCCGCCCCAGUGUUUGUGGAGGAACCAGAAGAUACGUUCGUAGUGAGAAACAAACCUGCUAUCCUCCACUGUAAGGCCCGAUAUGCCCUCUGGGUGUAUUUUAAGUGUAACGAUGAAUCGGCUCAUAGACGUCAACAUAGUCACCAGCAGUUUGUGGAUCCCAUGAACGGGGUAAGACAAGUCGAAGUUUCGGUAGACAUCUCUUGGAAGGAAGUGGAGAAUUAUGAAGAAACAAACAAAUAUGGCUGUGUAUGCUUUGCGUGGUCAUCAUCUGGCGAGAUAAAAAGCAGACGAGCAGUUGUUACCAUUGCUUACCUGAAGAAACAUUUCUUCAAUCAACCUUUGAGCACCAGUGUUGAAAUCAAAGGCCAGAUCUCACUCCAGUGUUUACCACCAGAAGGCGUUCCUCCGCCCAAAAUCUUUUGGUUACGAAACGGCGAGAUAAUUGAUACCAGCAAGGAAACGAACUUUAUAAUCUCGAACGAAGGAAACCUGUUGAUCAGUCAAGUGCGAUUAGCAGAUAUGGGAAACUACACUUGUGGUGCUAAAAACGAGGCUAAUCAGCGGCUAAGCGAGCCUGCAACACUGACAGUAUAUGUGAAUGGUGGCUGGUCCAGCUGGUCACCCUGGAGUGAAUGCAGUAGCCGGUGUGGCCGAGGGAUUCAGACCCGGAAACGCUUGUGCAGCAAUCCCGCCCCGCUAAACGAAGGGGAACAGUGUGUUGGGGAGACCGCACAGAAGACAGACUGUACGACAUUAUGUCCUGACAACAGGAAGGAAAACACCAUCAACAGGGCCGUGGAUGGGCGAUGGACUUCUUGGUCAUCCUGGUCCACCUGUGGACUAGAUUGUAAGCAUCACCGUAGAAGAUCGUGUACCAGUCCGAAACCUGCAAAUGGAGGACGUUACUGUAAUGGGAAAGACCUAGCAACUGGCAACUGUACAGGAGGCAUGUGCAGAGCUGUUCGUGAUCGUGAUGAAGUCAUGGAAUACGGAAGUAGUCAAGCCGAAAAAGCUCAUUCAGCCGAACCGGAAACCAACAUUACACUGUACAUAGGCCUAUUUGUGGCGAUAGCGGUAUUUUUGGCAGUACUUGUUGGUAUGGUGUUCGUCGUUCGAAGAAUUAAAGGACAAGAUCCGUCAAUGUAUAUUGGUGGUGGUUCUGAAGUCGUGCCUGUCCAACCAGAUUUGACUCAAAAUGUUCUGAACUUACCGCCUCACAUACGGCAUGGAAGUCACAGUGAUCUGAAUAGUAACGAGAAGUCGGGAUUAUGUGUAGCCCCACUUCUUCCUCAUCAUCACCUGUUUUCUACUAACAUUCCACCUAGCCCCGCUCAGAGCCAUGUGCCUCUACUGGAUCCCCAGAUGUCACACGCCCCCAAUUCCACGGACAAGACAACACCACACUCUGAUUCAUCUCUAUCUGGACCAUCUUCCUUAACUAGUUCUCGGGCUAAUUCUCUCUUCGGACCUGAGGCUUCGCUUGGAAAGAACUAUGUGACAUCAGUAACUCUUCCUCCUAAUCUUGAUAUCGAGUGUAUAGCAUGGAAGAUGGUCACUAAAGCUGGAGCUAGAAUUACUGUCCCUGAUUCCGGGAUAACAAUGACCGUUCCAAAAGGUUCAAUGAAAGCAAGCGCCAAAGAAGAAAUUUAUGUCGCAGUACUUAGAGAUGACAAAGAUCGCCCAAGAUUAACAGACAAACAAACUCUACUGAGUCCCGUCAUUCAGUGUGGACCCACAGGUGUCAGUUUGAGAAAACCAGUCAUCAUCAGUUUUCAACACUGUGCAGUUGUCGAUCCAGAGAGUUGGUGUGUUGGUGUGUACAGCAGCGAGAGCAGCACAGAAGAAGAAAAUCCUGUCUGGAAAAAAAUAGUUACAUUGAACAAUGAAACCAUCAAUACGCCUCUAUAUUGUCAACUGGACUCACGUCAAAGCCAUCUGGUGACUGAUCAGCUAGUCAGAUAUGUAUUGGUAGGUGAAUCUCAACCAGACCGCAAGGCCAUAAAAUCUCUCAUUCUUGCAGCGUUUGCACCUGCUCUGCAUUCUUCUGUGGAUUACAAUCUCCGUUUAUACUGUGUGGAAGACACAAGAGCAGCUCUUGAGGGUGUGCUUCAAAUAGAGAAGAAACUCAGAGGAAAACUGAUUGAUAACCCCAAAUCUAUGCCAUUUCAAGAUGGAGGAUCAAAUCUUUGUUUAUGUCUAGAGGAUGUUGGGCCAGGAUGGCGGUGCAAGCCUGGGGCUAAUUAUCAGGAAAUACCAUUCCAACACGUAUGGAGCACAAGACAAAAUCAUCUUCAUUGCUCUUUCACUUUAGAACACAUUGAUCGCUCUUUGCAGACUAUUAGCUGUCAUAUUCUUGUGUACCAACGAGGAAUUCAAGCUCAUCGCCAAAUCCUUCGUAUAAACACCGAUCUUCGAGAGAAACCUCCAGCAAGCCCAGCUGUAAGUCUGUCUAUUCCUCUAGGAUCUACAGUUACAUCUGGAAAUGGCAACAGUCCUGUAGUGUCAGUUGAUCCUCCAGCUGAAGGGUUCAGAUUGUCUUCAGAAGUUCGCAAACAGCUUUGUGCCUGUCUGAACCCACCUACCAGCAGAGGAAAUGAUUGGAGAAGACUGGCCAGAGAACUUGGUGUAGACAGAUACAUUAACUAUUUUGCUACAAAACCAAACCCAACAGAACACAUCCUUGAUCUUUGGGAGGCAAGACAUCGAGAGUCAACUGCUUUAACGGAUUUGAUGAAUUUUUUUCGAGUCAUGGAGCGUAACGAUGCUGCUCUUAUCAUAGAGAGGCAUGCUGGACCUUGGCUCUGAACAUUUAAGCUCAUCCAUUGUAACAUGAGCAGAUUAUUUGGUGAUCUAAGUGCUGAAAAAUUGUCAUUUCCUGUUGACCCAUUCAAGAAAGGACACUGUGUUAUUGUGUCCAUUAAAAGAUAGACAAAUGGCAGAAUUGAGUGAUGUAAAUAAUAAAAAGUGAGAACUCUUACUUAAUAUUAAACAUUAUAAAGGUCAUAACAACAACCAUGUUGUUAAAUUGUAUAAGAAAUGGACAAGUUUGAAAUCUAAUGAUACUUUCAUACUUGUGGACAAGAUUAUAAAAUUUUGGAAUAAUCAUUGAAGGUGAGGUUAUUAACAACCAUGAGUGACUUUAGUAUUUUAUUGUAUUAACUGCCUGUCAGUCAGUCUAUGCAGCCUUGCCUUUGUGCCAAUAAAUAUAAGACAUUUCAAGUACUUGUAGAAGCUCAAGUUCCUGUACCAAUUUGUAAGGCUUUGUGGACAAGAAGAAACCUUGCAUAAAUGCAUUGUUUUCAGAUUGUUUUCACUCCAGCUAGGAGGUACAGCCUUAUCCACAGGAGUUUAAUUUAUAUGCUAGAUUAGCACAGAUGUAGCCCAUGCCAAAGUGCGAGUUAACACUUCUAUUUUCAAACUUGAAUUAUUUAGAGGAAAUAAUGAUUAUCUCUUUAUAUGAAACCAGUUCGUGCAUUUUGAAUGUCUUGAUAGUUGAACUUUCAUGUCCUUGUGGAGCAAGGUUUCCAUUCAGUUAGGUUGAUGCAUCCACAAGCUGAAUUUCCUGCAUUUGGUUUCAGCAUAAGAAAACUACACUACUAAAAGUAAGUUGUAACAGCCAAAAGUAGUUUAAAUCCUGUUUUUAUUACAAAAUUGUUUUUUUUACUCUAUCUUCAGUUUACUGUCUGUCAGACUAAUUAGUUCAUAUGCCAAAUAGUAGAUUGGCCAAAAACAAAUGGCUAUUCUUCUCUGUAUAAUCUUCACAAUGUUAAUGCUGUUAUACACCAGAUUUGUUCAUGCUAUUACCAUGUAUAUGAGUGUACAGUGCUUGUUUGUUAGUAGAACAAUAAAGAGUUGCU